AUGAAGCCAUUAAAAGCAACUAAAAGCGUGCGUUCUAUAAGAUCUACUCGUUCUUUGAGAUCUACAAAAGGUUUUGUGGAACCAAAAGUUGAUGUUUGUAGCUUAGAUAAUAUAUUACUUGUUGCUUGUGUUAAGUUUAACUGCCCUUACUCAGUGUUAAUAAGGAAGGAAACUAAAGAAGACGAGUACUACAAGUCCUUAAAGCAACCAGAAAGUAAAGCUAAACAUAAGCGUACGGACGUAGAUGCUCAAAUUAAAUCACAGGCAUCCAAUAUUGCCGAUACCGUAAUAUCUGAUGAAAUUCCGUCUUUGAUUUCCACGACCUCUUUACCUCCAAAUUCUAUAACAAUCACAAUGAUAUAUGACCAUUUCAAUACUUUGACAGAAAUAUGUAUAUGCCAAGCCAAGGUAAUACCUAGAAUCCUGCUGAUAAUUAUUGGUUUAUUAGUACCGCAUUACAGAAACUUAACAAAGUUUACUAUAACGAAGUCACAUAUAGAUUUAUACACCAUAUAUGAGUUAAGUAAAAUCCUAAAAGCAUCAACCAUCACUGAUUUAUGUCUUGAUGGAUCCCCUUUGCGUGGAGCUGAUUAUUCAAAGCUUUUAGAAGGUACGAACCUUCAAAAUCUAUCUUUAUGCAGAUGCAACAUACACGACGAUACUUGUAAAUUGAUUGCUUCGAAAUUAUGUUACACAGCUUCUGGACAGAAUUUAUUGCUUUUAAAUCUAUCGUCCAACCACGUAACAGAUGAGGGAGCGAAAGAUAUAGCUUAUGCCCUGAGAACUAAUAGACAUUUGCGGUAUUUAAAUUUAGCUGACAACCACAUUACUGAUGACGGUGCCGGAUACAUUUUAGACGUGUUAAUAGAAUUCUCUUUGAGCUAUGAUGAAAUAUUAAAUAUGCGACAAAGACGCAUUGAGUAUUUUAAAUGUAAGGAAUCUUUAUAUGCAAAAUAUUUAGCUGAGUGUCGAAAUAGUUCAUUUGAUGAAAUCAGUCAAAUUAGUCGUAAAUCUUCAGUUAAAAGACGCAAAACGUCAACUACAACACUUAGAAGUAAAAGCAGUGCCAAGAAAGAUAAAGAAAGGCCUAGUACAGCAAGUGCAACUGAAGACUUUUUUAAAACAAAGGCAGAGAUGAUGACUGCAGAAAUUUUAGGACCUUAUGAGAAUCCUUUUCAUCCAGAGAGCAUAAAAAUUGUAGAUAACUAUGUUUACUCUCUCGGAAAUAUGACUCUUGCUUAUUUGAAUUUGGCUUACAAUGACUUAUCCUACAUAUCAAUUAAAAAAAUACACAAAGUAAUAUUGUAUCAAAAUAGUAUAAGCAUGCCCAAUCAUAGAGGCCUUAUAAAGAUUGUUAUUGAUGGAAACAAUUUACCUCUGCACUGUACAGACAUGACAAAUAUUGAAAAUUUAAUGAUGAGAAAUUCGUGGCGAUUUAGUAGCAAGAUAGCUGAUAUGAAUCGUCGCAAAGCUCGUAAAGUAGAAAAUGAA